GUGGACGCACGUCCAGCGCGCUGUCGACGCACGCGGGAAUAGGCCUGGUGGUUUCUUCCCGUUCCCGGAGAAACAAUUUUGAACAUCCGUGGUGCUUCAGAGUAAAGUUGCUGCCAUGACUGACACUCUGGAGUUUAACGAAAUUUAUCAGGAGGUGAAGGGUUCCUGGAAUGAUGGACGCUUGCGAUUCAGUAAGCAGACAGUGGUGUAUAAAAACAGUAAAACAGGGAAGGUGGACAGCAUCUCUGUCCCAGAGCUCGCUCAUGCCCAGUGGAGGAGAGUCUGCCUGGGUCAUGGCAUCAAGCUUUCUACCAGCGCUGGACAUGUUUAUAAAUAUGACGGCUUCAAAGAUACUGACUUUGAAAAAAUCUCAGAGUAUUUUAAAGCUAAUUACAAAGUAGAGCUGAUUGAGAAAGAUAUGUGUGUGAAGGGCUGGAACUGGGGCACUGCUAAAUUCAAUGGCCCACUGCUUUCAUUUGAAGUAAGUGACAGCCCAGUGUUUGAGAUCCCACUCUCCAGCGUAUCUCAGUGUGCAACUGGGAAAAAUGAGGUGACGCUUGAGUUUCAUCAGAACGAUGACACAGAAGUAUCACUCAUGGAAGUGCGCUUUUAUGUUCCACCCACCACAGGAGAUGAUGGAGCAGACUCUGUGGAGGCAUUUGCCCAGAAUGUGCUUUCUAAGGCAGAUGUAAUCCAGGCUACAGGGGAUGCUGUGUGCAUCUUUAGAGAGCUGCAGUGUCUAACACCCAGGGGCAGGUAUGAUAUCCGGAUUUACCCCACCUUUCUGCAUCUACAUGGUAAGACGUUUGAUUAUAAGAUCCCUUAUACCACAGUACUGCGGCUCUUCCUGUUGCCCCAUAAAGACCAGAGACAGAUGUUCUUUGUAAUCAGUUUGGAUCCUCCCAUUAAGCAGGGUCAAACCCGCUACCACUUCCUUAUCCUGCUUUUCUCCAAGGAAGAGGACAUUAACCUGACCCUAAACAUGAGCGAGGAGGAGGUGGAGAGGCGCUUUGAGGGAAAACUGAGUAAAAACAUGUCUGGCUCUCUCUAUGAGAUGGUCAGCAGGGUUAUGAAGGCACUGGUUAACAGGAAGAUCACAGUACCCGGAAACUUCCAGGGUCACUCUGGUGCGCAGUGUAUCACAUGUUCAUAUAAAGCCAGUUCAGGGCUACUGUAUCCAUUGGAAAGAGGAUUCAUCUAUGUUCAUAAGCCUCCAGUGCACCUGCGCUUCGAGGAGAUUUCCUGUGUAAACUUUGCCAGAGGCACCACAACCACACGCUCUUUUGACUUUGAAAUUGAGACCAAGCAGGGCAAUCAGUAUACCUUCAGCAGUAUAGAGAGAGAAGAGUACGGCAAGCUGUUUGACUUUGUCAAUGCGAAGAAACUGAGCAUUAAGAACAGAGGCUUCAAAGAGAAAAAGGGUAUGAAGACCAACGAGGACAUGUACAGUGAUUCAGAUGAUGACCAACAUGAUGCCUACCUAGAGCGCAUGAAGCAGGAAGGAAAGAUCCGUGAGGAGGCCAAUGACAGCGACGACUCUGAGGCUGGCAGCGAUGAAUCGUUUAACCCAGGAGAAGAAGACGAUGAUAUUGCGGAAGAGUAUGACAGUAAGGCAUCAGCCAGUGGGAGUAGUGGUGAUGCAGACAGUGAUGAUGACAGGAAGAAGAAACCAGUCAAGAAAGCCAAAGUGGUGAAGGAAAGAAAGCCACGCAAGAAAGAGAAAAAGAUGAAGGACAGCAACGCCCCCAAGAGGCCAAUGAGUGCAUACAUGCUUUGGCUAAACUCCAACAGAGAGCACAUUAAAUCAGAAAACCCAGGAAUCUCUGUCACUGAGAUUUCAAAGAAGGCUGGCGAGAUGUGGAAGCAACUGAACAAAGACAAGAAAGAGGAGUGGGACGAGAAGGCGGAGGAGGCAAAGAGAGAGUACGAGCGAGCGAUGAAGCAGUACAGGGAGAGUGGUGGAGGCUCAUCAUUCUCCUCGAAAAGGGAAAGGAAGAAGGGGAGGAAGUGGGAGGAGAGGAAGCUGAAGGGCAGGUCUGCUGCAGUGAAGGAGAAAGAAGGGCCUACUGCCAAUGAGAGCUUUAAGAGUCGAGAGUUCAUAUCCAGUGAGGAGAGCUCAUCUGAAUCUGACAGGGGCAAAACACGCAAGCGCAAGGGCUCAGAUGAUGAAGAGGAGAUAACCAGCACUCCACCUAGUUCAGAAGAGUCUGGCUCAGACUGAGAUACUCCAUAUAAACCGAACAUGGAGCGACAGAGACAAAGAAACAAAAUAAUUAGUCAUCCUUUAUUAUCAUCCUUUGUUAUCCCUGAAUGAUGUUCCUUCUUCCUGCAGUGUCUCUUUGUUCUGAAAAAUAUUACAACCUAAAAUUUUAACAUGUAUUAACUAGUAUUAGAAGCUGAAAGUUAAUUAACUUUCAUUCUGUAAUUUCAAACAUGUAACAUAUUUUAUGUAAAUACCUCUUGUAGUUUUAAUAGAUCAUGUGUCCAAAUUCAGUUAUCCUGUUUGUGAAAUCCCAAAUUAGAUUUUUUUUUUAAUAUUAAUUCUUAAAAGGUUAAAAAAUUUUUUUACUGACAUCCACAGUGCACUUUCAGUUUGUCAGUGAUGACUGUUCUAAAAUAUAUAAAUAUUUGAAUAUUUAAUCAUUGUGAAAAAUGAAUUUUCUUUAAUAUAAAUCAUCAAUUUCAUGUUUUUGUCAAGCCAAGUUUAAAAUCUUAAACAGGUAUUAAUUGAUGUUUGGUAUCAUAUCAUUAAAAAUGUCGCUAAUAAUGCGUGUAACCCGAGCCACGGUGUUCUUGUUUUUUGAUAGUACACUAGACUGGGCUGCUGCCUCAAAGCAUACAUCCUGUUUGCUAAUAAAUCUAUUUAUCUAAA